AUGGGUGCACCUAACCAGAUAUGGACUCAUGAAGAAGAAUCUGCUCUUAAAGUUGGGGUCCUUAAAUAUGGGACAAUCAAAUGGCGUACAAUUCUUAAGGAUCCAGAAUAUAGUGGACAAGUGGAGAAACAUGACAGUGAUGACAAAUGGUUGGGUUCUAGAGAUAAAGCAAGGUUGACUUUGAAAAGAGUGGUUCAGGCCCCUGUGCAAGAUGAAAGUAUUGUGGUUGUUACCUCGACAGCUGAAAGUCAUAAGGAACUUCCUGGAGCAAGGCCAGCCACAACUUUUAGUAGCUCUCCACAUAACGAUGGUUCAAGAAGAACUCUCCUAAGAUAUCACUAG